AUGCCACAAGAAAAGAAGGAAUACCUCAGUGACGCGUGGAAAGAUGGCCUCUUCAGUAGGNACAAGGUUCUGUUUUGCACAGGUGGUGCUGGUUCCAUUUGCAGUGCUCAAACCAGAGCUCUUGUUCAUCUAGGAGCAUCUGCCGCCAUCAUUGGCCGUAACAAGGAAAAGACGGAGCGAAUGGCGGCCGACAUUGCCACUGCCCGCCCUGGCGCUCGUGUACUCGCAAUCGCUGGAGUCGACGUCCGCGACCCUAAAGCCCUGCAAGAUGCUGCAGAUAGAACUGCCAGGGAAUUGGGAGGCAUAGAUUUUGUCAUUGCCGGUGCAGCAGGCAACUUUCUGGCGCCAAUGUCACAGCUCAGUGCCAACGCCUUCAAGUCCGUCAUCGAUAUCGAUGUCCUCGGCAGCUACAACACGGUCAAAGCGACGCUGCCUUACCUGGUUCAGAGCGCCAAGAGCAGCACUGUAGAUGCGACAAACCCGAGCUCUGGUGGGAGAAUCAUCUUUGUCUCGGCAACAAUUCACUAUACCGGUCUGCCUCUGCAGACUCAUGUUUCAGCCGCCAAAGCAGCCGUCGAUUCUCUCUCUAAUGCGGUUGCCAUCGAGUAUGGACCGCUGGGCGUCACUUCGAAUGUCAUUGCACCAGGUCCCAUCGGUGGCACAGAAGGCAUGGAACGAUUGGCCAAGAGCGACCCGGAGAGUGUUGCAAAGUCGGCAAAGAGGGUGCCUCUGGGUCGGCUGGGGUCGGUCAAAGAUAUAGCAGACGCAACCGUCUAUCUGUUCUCUGAUGCAGGCAAUUUUGUCAAUGGCUCAACAGUCGUGGUAGAUGGAGGCAGCUGGAGAGUCAACGCUGGCGGACCGGGUUCCACUUGGAGUUAUCCAGACUUCAUCCUGAGUGGAGCGACUGUUGAGGGAGUCAAGGGCGGCAAGGCCAAGCUGUAG